AUGAGCCGUAACAAUCGCAAGAAUAUUGAUCCCAGAGGUGGGAAACAAGCAAGAGACGAUCAAAGAAGAAUUUCUGCAGCUGCAGGCGCAUCAUCAACAACUGAUAGUGUUACUUACGAUGAAUCAUUCCCACCACUACUUCCAACACCAUCUACUAGUGGCAUGUCUGGCAAUCCAGCCCGUUCCAUUCAAGAUCGAAGACCAUCCACAGCUGAAGAAAGUAGGCAACAACAAAGUGUGGCUCAAUCAGUUGAUGAUUCAACACGAGCAUCCGCUGUAAAAAGGCCGGGCCCCUGGAAAAGUCUGGCGGGCCAACCCAAAACUCUAGCCUUACAAGAUUUUAUGCUUGAGCCCACAAAGGGAAAAGUCGUUAACAUCAAUAAGACGUAUUCAGCUGAUGGUUCGACUUCAAACAACGUUAGAACUCAAUCGGAUGUUCGACCCAAAUCGAAGCUAGAAGAAGAUGUGAAUACCAAACUAUGUGAAAUCAUCUUGACUAUUCAUUUGCGUAAAGAGUUUGUAUCGCUUCAACGUGUUGAACAAGAACUUUUUGCAUUUUAUGAAAAGAAUUCAUUUCGUGAAUUAGGCGUUCAUCCACAUCACCUUAAUGCAAUAAGAAAUCUUGUUCAUUACAAUAAAGAUGUCACUUUUUAUAUGCAAGUAUUCAAAGAAGUUUUUAAUUUAUGCACGUUGCAUGAUCUCGGUCAACUACUUGCUAAAUUUCUCAAAGUCGACACAUACGAAGACGCUCACAUAGGACCGCUCGAUGAGCAUCCUGAUGUAAAACGAAUAUUUAAUUAUAAACCGACAAAACGCCAUCAGCCCAUACCAGCCAUCACUAGUGCAGAUAUCGUCAAUUCUUAUCUAGAGUUUCAAGAUUUGAAUAGAGGACGCCAGUUUCCUUAUGAAAAAUUUCUUGAUAAUCUAGUUGAAAAAUAUCAAUUGCAAAAGCGCGAAGAACUCGGCAUCUAUUGUAAAUCGUUUCCGUAUUUAACUGAAGUAACAACGAAAAUGACUCGAGAAUAUACUCUUUACAAAAGAAGAACCGAUGCAGAUGUUAGACAACAAAUGAUCAGUCUAUUUCAGACAAAGUUGUGGGAAAUAAAACAAGAAGUCGAGAAUGAACUCGAGUUGUCAGCCUAUGCAACAAAAUCACCCGUAGCCGUCAUCGAUCAUCUUUCUUCGAUUGUCGAAAAGUAUUUGACUGUACCGGAACAAAAAAACAUUCAUGAUAUAAUGAUUAAAAUUCGAAAUGACGAACUACUACGAUGUCUUUUAAACGUUAGUAUUUAUUUGGGUACAAUCGACAAGCCUGAUAAAUUUCUUGCGGAUCUACAAAAACUCUAUCAAUCUCAAGGGGCUAGUUUGGGAAGACAGAAUGUUGCACUGCAGUCUGUUAACACGAAUCGAGAUGGAGAUCAUCCACUGAAAUCAAGCAAACAACGAAAAUCGAUAGAAAGCAGCGUUGCAUCUCAUACAACAAUUGACACGUCUUUUGAAGCUUCAUUCAUGCCAUCGGAUUCAAAAAGACCGAAAAUAUCUCUCAAACAAAUAUGUACCGAUCUGACUAAACUUCUCGAACGUUAUGAUACGAUGCUAAGUAUAAAACAAUUAUUUGAUGUUGAAAAACGUCUCUGUAAUCAACAUUCCGUCAAGCGAUUCUCUGACUUUGGAAUCAAUGAUGAUGAUGACGACGACGACAAUAUACCUCUUGAUCUUAUCUCAUUUCUUUAUGCAUAUCGUGAAAAGAUUGAUCCUAAUGGAGAAUUAUCUAUCUAUGAAAGUUCUUCUUCCGUAGGCGAUCGACAAGAAAUGUAUUCAUUUGUUAAUCAACUCAUUGUGUUAAAUGAUCGAAAGGAAGAAGAACAAGAACAACACUGUGUCAACAAGAGAGAAAUUCAUAUGACUAAAGACCAAUUGUCGGCUAUCGAAAAAGCAGUCAAACAUAAAUUUGGUGGACUCCUUGGUUUUAAUCGACCUUCACAAAUUCUUAGUAGAACAAAGCAAAAACCUAACAAAAUGAUGCAUCCAAUAAUUCACUUUGAAGAAUCAUUAUUGGAUGUGACCGCCCUGAAUCGAUUGGGAAUUUGUCCAUCAUCGCUGCUUGUUGAUGAAACACAAUUAUGUCAAAUUAUUCUUCAAUGUCCAAUCAUGGUCGAUCUAUUCGCCUGGUUACAAUGGUCAACUUUCUUCCAGCCAAGAUAUGGCUCGCUUAAAACAUUCAUAGUACGAAAAGAAUACGAGUUCAAUCAACUUCUCUUGCUCGAACUAUCAAAUCAUGAGCUUUUACGUCUACCAAGUGAUUUUUCUCUUGAUAAUUUCGAAAAAGAGCUUGAGAAAAAUAAUAUUUGCUCGGCGGUCGGUCACUUGUGUGCAUUGAUUACUCGAGAGUAUGUUCAAGUCAAUCGAAUUCCACUAACCAUCUAUCGACAAGUAAUAACCACAUGGUUGAUUCGUCUUAGAUCAGCUGCUCAAUUGAAAUCUGAUUCUAUUGAACCGAUGCAGUACGUACUCGAAUUUAUAAGUUAUUUGCCGGCACUUAUCGGUCAAACACGAAUCGUUCAAGAUCUUGUGCUCGAAUCACUCGACGACGUAUUUGGUAAUGAUGACGAACAUCGAAUGAUGAAUGCCCGGCAAACAAUCUGGAAGUUGGCAAAUGCUGAACAGAGAAACAAAUUAGAAAUGUGGGGCUAUAUACUAGAUUUAAAUGAAUGGAAAAAUCAGAAUAAGUGGAAAGGAAUAAAUGAACCCCAAGAAGAGUUCGCUCAUCAAAAACUGGAUGAAGAAAUACAAACGAAAGUAAUUACUCGUCAAGACAAUCUGUUUGCGCCAACCAAAAUUGAAACAACAUUAAUUUUAACUCCGCCACCUAUUACAGCAACCAGUAGCACUACAAUUUCGAUUGACAAAUCGAACAUCGACGAGAAUGAUCCCGCAAGUGUGGCCUUUGAUCAUAUAAAAAAGAUUCGUGAAGGAUUCGGUGUAGAUAGCAGCCUCGAUGCAGCCGGCCAGUCCAUUGUAACUAAUCUUCAAGGCAUGAUUGAACGAAGUUUAGAAAAACUAUCCAACGAUCUCUACUCAGAGCAAGGUCAUUUUGUUUUGGAACUCAUUCAAAAUGCUGAUGACAAUCAAUAUGCUCCUGAUCGUUUGCCUACACUACGUUUUAUUUUAUGUUCCGAACGAAUUCUUGUCUGUAAUAAUGAAAUUGGCUUUCAGUCCAAUCACAUAUCGGCAAUAUGUAAUGUGGGCAAAUCGACCAAAGGCAAACAUAAACAAGGCUACGCCGGGCACAAAGGAAUCGGGUUUAAAUCCGUAUUUAUGGUAUCCCAUCGUCCAGAAAUUCAUUCGGGACAUUACCAUUUUUGUUUCGAUACGGUCAAUGGUACUAAACAAAUAGGUUACAUUCGUCCGAUUUGGUUAGAAAAAUAUGAUGAAGCAUUGCCAUCAGUCGAGGAAUGGGCAACAUGCAUUCGUCUACCGAUCAAGCAGGAAAAACGUGGCGAUCGAUUAAAACGAAAUUUCGAUGAUAUUCAAGCUCGAUUAUUAUUGUUUCUUAAUCGUCUUCGACAAAUUGAAAUUGUUCGUCAACAAGGAAAGAAUGAGAUGAAUAGUCGAGUCUUUACUCGAGUUGAUCAUGCUCGAGGACAAAUUAUUGAAUUACAAGAGAGAACCACCAACUCAGAAAAGAUCAUCAAAAAUUUUUGGCUUGUUGUUAAAAAAGUUAUUCAAGUACCAGCCGAUGUUAAGAUGAAAUUGAGUGACGUCAAAUGUGAUGUUGAGUCGACAACCAUUGCUAUUGCUUAUCCAUUAAAUCCCAUUUUUGAAUCGUCAUCUCAUCAAAUUUCAUCGACACAACCACUUUUUGCUUAUUUGCCACUUCGUUCGUAUGGCUUUCGCUUUAUUCUUCAAGCCGACUUUGAAAUUCCGGCUACGCGACAGGAAGUUCUACGCGAUAAUAUGUGGAAUGAAUGGCUUAAAACAGAAAUGAUUCAACUUCUUCCAUUAGCCUAUGAACAAUUUCAACAUCUACCUGAUCUUCUUAUUUCUUGUUCACUCGAUUUGCAGCAAAAUAAUCAAUUACUAACAUCGAUUCAAACGCUCAAAUAUUUUCUUAAACUAAUCCCGACUCGCAAUGAAAUCGAUCCCUAUUUUAAUACAUUUAUUGAUAAAAGUAUUCAAUUACUCAUGGGUAUUAUUCAAUUGCCUGUUCUACGUAACGAAAUUCUUGAAUGGGUCUCACCGACACGUUGUGUUGUUGUUCGAGAUGCAUUUAUACGAGAGAUUUUCUCUCAAGAUUUGCUUUUAUCUCAUUUUAAUAGUUAUUAUCUCGACGAACAGAUUGUCACGGAAUGCGAUGAAGCAAUUCUUAUGAGAUUAGGUUGCCAACGACUUGAUUUCUCCUCUAUUCUACGGUUGAUUCGAACGUUGUAUACACAAAAUGAACAAGAACAUUCAACCAAAACCACCAGCAUUGAACAAAUUGCUCAAUGGCUACUUUGUAUUGACUAUAGUCUACAGCAAGAACGAGAAAAACCUGGAUUUAAUUUUGAUCAUGAUGACGGAUCAGGAGUAACAACGAUGGAGGAAUUGAAAAAAAUGAAAAUUAUCCCAUUACAACAUCAAUCACGAUUGGUAUCCAUUGAAGAAUUUAGUCAACGAGCUAUUUUAUUUCCAUUAAAUAAAAAAACUCCAUAUGCCAAAUAUCUCAAAAUUGUUCUUGAAGAUACACCAAUGAUUGACGAACGACUUCUUGAUUUUAUCGAAAGCAAAUAUCCAAGACGUUUCGAUUCGAUCAAACGUCUACUAAAAGAUUUAGGUAUUACUGAUGCACUCAAUAUCCGAAGGAUUUAUUCCAAUCAUAUAUUACCCGUCAUGAUGGAUGAUGCUCAAUGGUCGAAGAAAUCGGAUUCGGUUCUUAUUGCUUAUCUUAUGUGUAUUUACAAAGAUCUAUAUGCACCUCGACCUGAUUUAUUUAUACAGCAAAUGGAUGAAUUGAAAAACCAAAUGAUUGUUAAAACUCGUCAAGGAAAAUUUGUACGCAUCGAUUCCAAUGGCGCCAACAUCAUUCAUUUGACUUCAUUGUAUGGAUGUGAACGAUCGCUUGAUUCAUUGACAGCAUUAGCCGAUCAAUUUACAUUCAUUUCGGAUGAUUACUUUAAGGAGUAUCGAACCGAACUCUUUCUCAAAGAUAGUGACCGAAAUCUAUUUAUUCAUUUUCUCAAUGAUCUCAAUAUUCAUGAUUUUUUUCUAGUAAAAACAAUUGAACAUCCCUUUAUUAAAGUUGAGCAACUUGUUGGAACGCAAUGGGCCCAUGAAAUUGCCACAUUAUCCUCGUUAAUUUACGAACCUUUCUUUAUAACCGAUUAUUGUUGCGACGAAUUUGAUGCACUCGUCUCGUCGAAGGAUAAUCUUGAUGCAGCUCGAUACACGCCAAUUCUACUGUAUUUCGAUCGACAUUUUGAAUCUAUCUCUGCCUACUUCGUCGCUUCUGUUAUUCGAGCUCGUUCUCGACAUACACUAGGGAUAGGGCCAGUCAAAGGUAUCGAAUCUUCGUUUUAUUCCUUGUUGAGAAAGCAUCCAUGGAUACCGGUUGGCAGUCAGUUUUUGAAGCCGACAGAUGUCUACUUUUUACCGUUGAACCAUCCUUUCAGUCGCUAUGUGCCACAUUUGGAUCGAUCAAAAAUUCCAUUGAAGAACACCAAUUUGAUUAGGUUACUUGGAUUUCAACAAGAAAUAACUCGCAUGACGAUGUUCGAAUUCUUUAUGAAAUGGUCGUGUGAUCUUGACCGUGAUUCAUUAGGAAAAUUAAUGCACAUGACACUGAAUGUGAUUCCUUGCACAAUUCCGACCACAUUCCGUCAGUCGUGCCGUGAUACAAUUGAUAAUAUUCGUCAUAUCUACCUAUUUCUAGCGUCCGACAGUGAUACUUGUGCUCGUCUUGUUCGCUUCCGCUUAUGGCCACUCAUAUUUAUUCCACGAACUGUCAAUACGGGUGACUUUUUAUUCAUUGAUGAAGUAUUUUGGAGAGAUUCUGAAGCAUUACUGACAAGAGAAAAUAUGAGAAAUUUUGAAUCGAUUCGCAGUACACCCAUACAACCCUACUAUGGGAACGAUGCUAAUUUACAAAAAUUCUUUGUUGAUGUCCUUCAAGUGAAAUGUGAACCAACACUUGAUGAUUAUCUUCCAUUGUUGUUCGAUAUUACUGACAAGACCAAUGAGUUUAUUUGGAAAUGUAUCGAAGUGAUUACACGAUUAGCAUUUGCACAGAAUAAACAAACAACAGUAAAAGAUAAAUGUCUCGAUUGGGCCUUUAUUCCGUGUUUGGGAAAUCAAAAUAAAUUGUUUAAAUAUACUGAGCAGCUAUAUUAUCCACAUGAUAUGAACAUCGCCGAUAUCUUUGCGGACACUUUAUUGAUUGUUAAACUGCCAGAUGUUUUAUUUUGCUCUGCGGAAUUCAAACAACGGUUUUGCUCACUUUUCAAUAUCAACAAUCUUGCCGAUGUUAUCAAAGUGUUGGUCAAUGUUGAUAAUGAACAAACAUCUACAGAUCUACUCGAUUUCUAUGCUUGUUCAAUUGAUUUCAUUCAACAUUUUUUACUAAGCAAUAAUUUCAUAUCCGAAUCACGAUCCUGUUAUCUUCAAUCGAUCUUCUCUUCUGUGCAGUUUGUAUCAGUUGAUUAUAUUCGCCUAUCCUACUGUUAUCAAGAGAGUAUAGUACGAGCAGCAUCUUCAUCGUCUAGUUUGGACAGUUACAUGAAUGAGUCAGUAAAAAAAUUUUAUAUUUUGAAAAAAUAUGAAAAAUUCGAGAGUUACCAUAUUAAUACGAUGGUGAACUAUCUUGUUUCAGACGAGUCGGCUCGUUUAAAACUUUCUCAAUAUAUCACAUAUCUUUUUAAAGUUUAUAAAGCUGAAGACAUAGAGGGUCUGGCAAAGCAACGUGACCUUCUUCCUGAAAAAUCACAACACACAUGGAUCAUUCCAGAACUCAUCAAAAACGAGUCGGAUUCGUCACUAAGCGAAGAAGAAAAUGCAGAGAGUAAUGAAUCAAUUGAUAUUCCAUUCGAAAUGUUAGAAAAAAUGAGAAAUCAACCUGGGUGGCAGCCACCCAAGCCGGCUAUCAAUACCACGAUAGAUCCGAAUAAGCCAAAAUCGCUGACCUGUUUUCCUAUGAAAGCUGGAAAGGAUAGUACUAUUGAAUCCUCAAAUCAAGAGCUACAGCAAAAAUCGCAGUUACAAUCAAUAGAGGCAAUGAUAUCAAACCUAUUGGUAAGCUCUCCAAAUAAUCCAACAGAAUCGAUGUCAUCGGUGCCCAAACCAAGAGAUGAUUGUGAGCAAACUAGUAAGAAGAAAAAUGAUGAUCAACUGGUGUCACAAGAUAGUGACAAGCGACCCAAUGGUGAGAAUGAAAAUAUUCCUACUGAAUAG